UCGUGCCCUCGGUUCUUACCCUUUCCCUCCUGUCCAAUCCUCGCGUGCAUCCACCACCACCAGGGCAUCGGGCAGGGUAUAUGUCCAAGUCGCUCUUCGUCGUCUUCGCCUAACUGUUAUAUUGCCACCGGCGCCGCCCUCUCCUCCUCCUCCUCCUCCUCGGGUGUGCCGCAGUUCGUUGCCCGAUUCCCACCCGCCGAUCUCUCUCUCUACAUCUUCUCCACCUUCGUUCGUUCGUUCGCACAGGAACGGUUGAGCACAAACGAGCAGCCACUCUCGAAUCCCGAUCGCGAUUACUCGCCGCGGCAUCAGUACUCCCAGCCGCCACCAUGAGCAGCGGGAAGCGAUCCUUCUUCGCGCCCAAGAAGAAGGCAACCAACCCGUUCGAUUCCGGCUCCGACGACGACAAACCGCAGCGGCGACCGGCGCGGGCUUCCUCCGUGCCUCCCCCGGAGUCGGACGAACAACAGCGAGGGGGCUCCUCUCUCUCGGGCAGCGCCGGCGGCGACAGGGCCGGGCUCUUCUCCUCUUCCUCGACCAACCAUCACUACCGGAACGACUUCCGCGACGCCGGCGGCCUGGAGAGCCAGUCCGUGCAGGAGCUGGAGGGCUACGCGGCGUACAAGGCCGAGGAGACCACGCGCCGCGCGCAGGGCUGCGUCAGGAUCGCCGAGGAGAUGCGGGACACCGCGUCCAAGACGCUCGUCACCGUCCACCAGCAGGGGCAGCAGAUCCACCGCACCCACAUGAUGGCCGUCGACAUCGACCAAGAUCUCUCCAGGAGUGAGAAGCUAUUGGGUGAUCUUGGGGGCCUAUUUUCCAAAAAGUGGAAGCCAAAGAAGAAUGGCGCAAUCAGGGGUCCUAUGCUAACUAGAGAUGAUUCCUUCAUAAGGAAGGGCAGCCAUCUGGAGCAAAGGCAGAAACUUGGGCUGGCAGAUCAUCCACCUCGGUCAAAUGCGCGCCAAUUCAGUUCUGAACCCUCAUCAGCACUUGAGAAAGUCGAGAUGGAGAAGGGAAAGCAGGAUGAUGCUCUGUCUGAUCUAAGCAACAUACUGAUCGAGCUGAAAGGGAUGGCCGUUGACAUGGGCUCUGAGAUAGAGAGGCAAACAAAAGCAAUGGGCGAUGCAGAGAAGGAUUAUGACGAGCUGAACAUCAGGGUCAAGGGAGCAAACACUCGAGCUCGCCGUCUUCUUGGGAGAUAGAAAAAAAAAACUUAUAUUCUUGUCUCCUGGAUAUAUCACAUUAACUGUAUGGGGCAUCAAAUUCUGAUGAUUUUGUGCAUCAGAUUUUGAUCAGCAUUGUUACUGUGGACAUGUCGGCAUGUAUGGUAUUAGACACAUAUUUUAUACGUUUUGCUUCUUUUUUCUGAUUUGUUCAGCAUUGCACGAACUUAGGCUUUCAGCAGUUUAACUUGGAAACCUUGUCUGAUUAGAAACUUCUUUUCGGGUAAAUAAUGCUGAUUCAUAGUGAAUUUGUGGCCGUA